AUGGUCAUCAUCCUCUCUCACGUACUGCGCAUUCUCUCGUAUCCAGCUUUCGUACUGCUUCAUCUAACUUUCGUCCUGUCUUCAUUGGUAUUACGAACAUAUCAAGCACUCACUUCAACUCCUGAAUCAGACAAUGACAAUAGCAAUGUCGAUCAAAAAGCAAGAAAUGUGAUUCCACCUAAACAUCUAGCGUUGAUAUUGGUCCCUUCUCAAAAAUACAGAAAAGGUGAAAAAGUAGUACUGGAACAAAGUAUACUAAGAGCAGUUGAAUGGUCUCUUGAAAUCGGCAUAAACGAAUUAUCAAUAUGGGAUGGUAAAGGUUUAAUACAAUCUUGUUUACCUAAUCUAAUCAAAAAACUAUCAUCUCAUUCAACGUCCAAUUCUAAUUUGCCAAUUUCACCACCGUCAACACCACCUUUCGGUCCUACUCAAGACCAACAUCAACCGUCAAAUCGCAAUUUUCCUCGAGGUCAUGGUCAUAUACAAGAAGAGGAAGAGGAAGAGGAAGAUGAAGAUGAUGAUCGAUAUCCACCUUCACCAUCUCCACGCAGACGUGGAAAGGAUGAUCUUAUCAAGGCGAAGAAAGGUCGUAAUGUAGGUAACGAGAUGAGAAGUUUACUUGUCUAUUCUAAGGGACGAAACAACAAUAAUGGAUUGAAAAUACAUUUCUUACCACCUUCAUCAUCCUCCGAGAUGAUCUCGAACUUGACUAAGAGAUACAUAGAAAUGAAUAUAAAUAUAGAUGAUAUUAACGUCAAAAACGUCAACAACGAUAUAAGAGAUUACCUACAAUUCACUUCUGAUCCAGAUCUAUUACUUAUUCAUCAUUUGUCAAUUCAAUCAACUUGGAAUUCAAUGUUACCGAGAAAAGCACCAGAGUUAUGGGGUUAUCCAUUUUGGUCAUUACGUAUCACAGAAAUAUAUCAAUACCCUCAACCUCUUCCUCUACUACCUUAUCUCAAUCCAUUAUUAAACACACUUCGUUCAUCUUCUUUACCAUUCUUACGCAAAUUGGGCUACACAAUAUCACUCCCAAGGAAAUUAGAUCCACAUGGUUUAUUAGAUAAAGUAGAAUGGGAAGGGGCGAUGAACGCUUGGAGUAAAAACGAACAAAGAUUAGGUAAAUGA